AAGGCCCGAGGAGAGGGGUGUGUCAAGCGAAUGAAGACGGCAGUGUGUGCCUCAGCGCCUGGGGCGUGCGGAGCUAGUGACGGCUGGGCCCGGCUGCGGUCACAUCCCUUCAGUGAACAUCCCAUGAGCUCUCACUCGGUGUUGAGCCCUGUGGUAGACACAGAUGCACCCGACCAGCACCUGGAGCUCAAGAAGCCGCAGGAACUUAAAGAAAUGGAAAGGCUGCCCUUGGUAAAUGAAGAUAAAACAAUGUCCGCCAACCUAAAAUACCUUUCCCUGGGAAUUUUGGUCUUUCAGACUACCAGUUUGGUUCUAACAAUGCGUUAUUCUAGAACUUUAAAAGAAGAAGGACCUCGUUAUCUAUCUUCAACAGCAGUGGUUGUUGCUGAACUUUUGAAGAUAAUGGCCUGCAUUUUAUUAGUCUACAAAGACAGCAAAUGUAGUCUAAGAGCACUGAAUCGAGUACUACAUGAUGAAAUUCUUAAUAAACCUAUGGAAACACUUAAACUUGCUAUUCCAUCAGGGAUCUAUACUCUUCAGAAUAAUUUACUGUAUGUGGCACUAUCAAAUCUAGAUGCAGCUACUUAUCAGGUCACAUAUCAGUUGAAAAUUCUUACAACAGCAUUAUUUUCUGUGUCUAUGCUUAGUAAAAAAUUGGGUGUAUACCAGUGGCUGUCCCUAGUAAUUUUGAUGACAGGAGUUGCUUUUGUGCAGUGGCCCUCAGAUUCUCAGCUUGACUCUAAGGAACUGUCAGCUGGUUCUCAGUUUGUAGGACUCAUGGCAGUUCUCACAGCAUGUUUUUCAAGUGGCUUUGCUGGGGUUUACUUUGAGAAAAUCUUAAAAGAAACAAAACAAUCAGUUUGGAUAAGGAAUAUUCAGCUUGGUUUCUUUGGAAGUAUAUUUGGAUUAAUGGGUGUAUACAUUUAUGAUGGAGAACUGGUAUCAAAGAAUGGAUUUUUUCAGGGAUAUAACCGACUGACCUGGAUAGUAGUUGUUCUUCAGGCACUUGGAGGCCUUGUAAUAGCUGCUGUUAUUAAGUAUGCAGAUAAUAUUUUAAAAGGAUUUGCAACCUCUUUAUCGAUAAUAUUAUCAACAUUGAUCUCCUAUUUUUGGCUUCAAGAUUUUGUGCCAACCAGUGUCUUUUUCCUUGGAGCCAUCCUUGUAAUAACAGCUACUUUUUUAUAUGGUUAUGAUCCCAAACCUGCAGGAAAUCCCACUAAAGCAUAGUUGUAUACUAUCUUUAACUGGUUUUUCACGAUGGCGCACUAGGAAUCUCGACAUUAAUCUUGCACAGAGGACUUCUACAGAGUCUGUGAAGAUAUCAUCAUGCUGAAUCUGAUCAUACUGUUUUUUUAAAAGUUUAAGGAUAAAAUAUGUGUAUAUGUAACAAAACACAUUGCAUCUAGAAAUCAGAACUUGAAAGUAUUUCCAGGGAUUAGAAUUAGAAGGAAUAUUAGAGAAAACUUGAAAUCUGAGUUUAAAAAGAUUUUACCUUUUUGAUUGCUGCAGAAAUGUCCUAUGCACUCUUUGCAAGAGCACACAACAGAUGUCAGAUAUCAAUUUUUGCAAAUUAGAUUUAAUGUUAUUAAGUGUUUUUAUCUUACUCUUUCUGUACAGAUAUAUCAAAUCACAUGAAAUAUUUAAAGUUUGAAAAUUGUAAUUACCUAUAAAGCUGUGAAAAAAUAGAAGUAUAAUUUGAAAAAACAUUUCACUUAUCAGAGAUUUUUAUAUUUAUACAAAAGAUUACUAAAUGAAGGAUGGCUAAAUGUUUUUUGUUCAAUUACAUAAAAAUUAAUAAAGUAAUAUUCUGGGUCUGAUUUGUCAGAGAAUAAAUAUCAUAUCUAAAUUUAAUGUAGAGAUACAUACUAUUUCUCCAUAUGAAUUUUAAGAUAUUUUAGUGCUUCAAGACUGCUGAAAGCAAUCCAGUUGCUCCUGUGCUAGCCAGAGAAUUUUAUAGUAAUGGGAGGUUAGCCCCUAAUCUCUUCAUUGCAUUUCAUUUCUGUAAAUCAGAUUAAAUCCUUAAUAUUAUUUAAAAUUAAAAUUUAUAAUUGCCAUUAAAUUUUCAAAAUGUAAUUUAAAAGGAUUAAAUACUCAUUUAAUAAUUUGAAAUAAUUAUUGUAUCAUAUCUACAUUUGGAGAGUUUUGAAUUAUCAAGCAUAUACUGUAUAUAGUUAGAAAGUUAUUAAAUGAACAUUUUACUCAUUGAUCUGUAAAAACUUCUUUACAACUGUUGACAAAAAGAACAUUCAAACAAAUAAUAGUACAGAUGUCAGUGACUGAGACCAGAAUGACUUUUCUUGGAGACAUUCCAGAUUGCCAUAUUACAUUAUUUUAAACAGCGCUAUAACUUUAAAUCCAAAGCUGCUCGGAAGAAUUUUUUAGGUCUCUCAUAAGCCUGUUCUUCCCUGAUCACACGAGUGGGAGAGGUAGCCAAAUUUUGAAUUCCCCUUCUGUGUUCCCACAAGAGCUGCUGAGAAGGCCGGGUGCAGUGACUCACGCCUGUAAUCCCAGCACUUUGGGAGGCCGAGGCAGGUGGAUCACAAGGUCAAGAGAUUGAGACUAACCUGACCAACAUGGUGAAACCUCGUCUCUACCAAAAAUACAAAAAUUAGCUGGGCAUGGUGGUACGUGCCUGUAAUCCCAGCUACUCGGGAGGCUGAGGCAGGAGAAUCGCUUGAACCCGGGAGGCAGAGGUUGCAGUAAGCGGAGAUUGUGCCACUGGCACUCCAACUUGGGUGACAGAGUGAGACUCUGUCUCAAAAAAAAAAAAAAAAAAAAAGCUACUGAGAAGGAGCCACCAUUUUGCUUUAAAAUAGUGGUUUUUUUUCCUUUUUAAUGAACACUGGAGCUGAGGAUUCAGAUUACAUGAGUUAUUUAAUAAGUUGGUUAAAGGGAGAGAGAAUAUAUUAUAAAUGGUAAGAAGAUUUGGUGAGCAAAAAUGCUUUCUAUAAUUUGAAUAUGGGUUUAAUUUAAUUAUUAACUAUAGACAGAAUUACUUACUGAGUAUAAGAAGUAUUUUACUGGCUGGGCGCUGUGGCUCACACCUGUAAUCUCAGCAGUUUGGGAGGCCGAGGUGGGUGGAUCACAAGGUCAGGAAUUCGAGACCAGCCUGGCCAGCAUGGUGAAACCCUGUCUCUACCAAUAAUACAAAAAUUAGCUGGGCAUGGUGGUGCACGCCUGUAGUCCUAGCUACUCAGGAGGCUGAGGCAGGAGAAUUUCUUGAACACACCAGUUGGAAGUUGCAGUAAGCCAAGAUCGCUCCACUGCACUCCAGCCUGGAUGACAGCAACACUCUGUCUCACAAAAAAAAAAAAAAAGAAAUAUAUAUAUAUGUUUACAUACACACACACCCACAGUAUGAAUGAAAAAAGUAAAAUACUUUUUUUUUUUUUUUUUGAGACAGAGUCUCACUUUGUCGCCAGGCUAGAGUGCUGUGGCCCGAUCUCGGCUCACGGCAACCUCCCACUCCCUGGUUCAAGGGAUUCUCCUGCCUCAGCCCCUGAGUAGCUGGAAUUACAGACGUGAGACACUGUCCCCGGCCUACACUGUAUAUAUUUUUAAAGACUGUUCUAAUAGAUAUAAAAACUGUAAAAAAUAAGUAUUUUUAUAUAGCUCUCAUGGAUUUUAUUAAACAGAAUUUGACUCAAAAAUACUAUGUUGCAAACUGUUGGGUACACUUGCCUAACGUGAACUGGCAGUGUUACCUUGCUUUUGCAGUAAUAAUCUACAGAUUGCAGGGCUCAUCAAUUCCAUCCAAAGUUUAAGCAUUUAAAAUUACCAAAUCUUUAAAAUCACUUUGGUGGUGAUUCCAAAUUGGUACCAAGCAAACUUUGUGGAUUCCCAACAUGAUUUUCAGUAACCACCCUUUAGAAUUUGCUUAAUAAGUUCACCACAUUUUGAACAUGGUAGUUUUAGAUUGCAAUAAUAUUCAGACUUACAUUAUUACUUACUGCUACGUAAAAUCUAAAUCCUGCAAAUGCACAGAAUUCAAGAUGAAAUAUGAUUUAUGUUUAACGCACAUUGAAGUAUUGGUUGGGUACUUAAAUGUAUUAAUGCAGUGUGCAUUCACAUUUAAUCAGGUUUAGUCUGUUUCUAUUUUAAUAAUUUAAAAAACUUAUACAAGUAAAUUAGAUAUUAGACAUGUUACAGUGGUAACACAUUUUUAGGUGUCAAAACGCAAUUUUCAAAAUUUCUAAUGAAAGUUAUAAAAAUGUAAACAAGAAUUGUAAAAAUGGACAAAGUAGUCAAGUAUAUUUUCAAAGCACGAUUUUAUUGGGCAGGCAUAAUUUAUAUUUUGCUUUUCUAGUGGGUUUGAAAAUGUUUAUUAGAGAUUGGGCUAUGUGGUUUAUAAUUUUUAAUUCAUAAAAAAGUAAUCAUACAUGAGAAGGUAGACCUAUGCCCUAGGAUCAUGUCACAUAUACAGAUAAUGCCAUUUCCUUAUGUGUGUGAUGUGUAUUUUGAUGACCUCCACAGGCCUUACUGUAUCAAGCUUUUAUAAUGAUGACUCCCAUCAUUAUUUAAAUUCCUAUACUUUUUGUUUGUUAUCACGCAACUACUUUGUUCAAUGUGAAAAUGUGCUAACUCAUGGGAGAAGAGUGCCAAUCGAUAGUUCUUUUAAAAGUUAAGAAUAUGGUAUUUGGGAAGAAAAGUUUGAAAUGCAACAGAUGGAUGUUUCAACACGGCAGUAUUAUAUUAUCAAUUCUUUAAUAAGUGAUUUUAGAGAUGUUAUAGGCUACUUUUAUGGUGGAAUAUAUAGUUUAGAGAUGCAAAACUUAAAUGUUUACAUCAAUUUAUAUUGAAUGUCAUAAUUUCAUGGAAGGAAAGGUAGCUUAAUAUUUAGAUUCUAAGGAGAUAUAAUCUGAAAGAAAACUGGUUAUGUUCUCUAUACUUACUGUAAUACUGAUUAUUCUUACAUAUCAAAUUAUUGAACUUUUAAAAUUUCAUUGUACAGUCAUUAAACUGAGUUGGGUUUUUUCUUAAAGGGUUUAGCAUCGCUCAUUUGAUUUACACAUUCACAUUAUAAUAUUUAAUUAUCAUGGGUGAAUACGUUACAUAAAAAAGGUUUAUAAAAGUUAUUUAUGCUAUAUUGAAAGUCAUCUUAUGAAUCUCCAGGUUAUUUAAAGUAGUUACAGGAGCAGAGAACAAGCACCUUUAUCAAAAUCUGGUCCUAUGUGCCUUGCUUUACCAAAUACCUGAUUUUUCUGGAGGGUGUUCCUGUUAUUCACAACUUUAGACACAUGGGCAAAAUUAGGAUGUUUUAAGAAUAAAUACAUUUCUAUUUUUUUGGUUGUUUCAACAUUAGCUCUUUAAAUUCAUUAACAAAAUUAAAAUAGGUAUAUUACAAAAGCAUAAACAUUUGUGAACAGUGCUUACUUAAAUUGUGAUACUAUUGCUCCAUCACUGAACUUUUUGAAACUUUAACAGUUGUAUAAAACUGUCAGUUUGUUGUUUCAUUUGUAAUUACAAAAUAUAAUUUACUGUAAUUUAAAAACUUUUAAAAAUAAUUUGGAUCCUGACUUUGUCUAUAUCUGUAUUUCAUUUGUUUAGAAAGAUUCUUUUGGGUUUGAGAAUGUAAUUUGUAUAUUUAAAUUUUUUAUGGACAUAAUUGAAAGGAAUGUAUAAACUGGUCUUUUGUUAAAUGGUUUUUAAUUGA